AGCGCCCCGCCCGGCGCCGCCUCCCUCGGCGCGCGCGCCCUGCGUCCGGGCAGGCGGAGGACCGCGGCCCAGGCUGAAGCCAAAGGCCCUGCCUGCCCUUCGGUGAGUGACAAGACGCCCUCAGAACCAAGACCGUGUGGCCACAGAGGACCGGCUCCAUCGGCAUCAUGGUGGACACAGAAAGCCUGAUCUGCCCUCUCUCUCCGCUGGAGACAGAGGACCUAGAAAGCCCAUUGUCUGAGGAGUUCCUACAAGAGAUGGGAAGCAUUCAAGAGAUAUCGCAGUCUAUUGGUGAAGAAAGUUCUGGAAGCUUCAGUUUCACAGAUUACCAGUAUUUAGGAAGCGGUCCAAGCUCAGAUGGCUCUGUCAUCACAGACACCCUCUCCCCAGCUUCCAGUCCCUCGUCAGUCUCCUGCCCUGCCGUGCCUGGCAGCACGGAUGAGCCCCCGAGUGGAGCGCUGAACAUCGAGUGUCGGAUCUGUGGAGACAAGGCCUCGGGCUACCACUAUGGAGUCCACGCGUGUGAAGGCUGCAAGGGCUUCUUUCGGCGAACCAUCCGGCUGAAGCUGGUGUAUGACAGGUGUGACCGCAGCUGCAAGAUUCAGAAGAAGAAUCGAAAUAAGUGCCAGUACUGCCGCUUCCACAAGUGCCUGUCUGUCGGGAUGUCACACAAUGCAAUUCGUUUCGGGCGAAUGCCGAGAUCUGAGAAAGCAAAGCUGAAGGCAGAAAUCCUUACCUGCGAGCAUGACGCGGAAGGGUCGGAGGCCGCGGAUCUCAAGUCUCUCGCCAAGAGGAUCUAUGAGGCCUACUUGAAGAACUUCAACAUGAACAAGGUCAAAGCCCGCGUCAUCCUGGCCGGGAAGACCAACAACAACCCGCCAUUUGUCAUCCACGACAUGGAGACCUUGUGUAUGGCCGAGAAGACACUAGUGGCCAAGAUGUUGGCCGACGGCAUUCAAAACAAGGAGGUCGGCGUCCGCAUCUUCCACUGCUGUCAGUGCAUGUCGGUGGAGACAGUCACGGAGCUCACAGAAUUCGCCAAGGCCAUCCCAGGUUUUGCAAACUUGGACCUGAAUGACCAAGUCACAUUGCUCAAAUACGGCGUGUACGAGGCCAUAUUUACCAUGCUAUCUUCUCUGAUGAACAAGGACGGGAUGCUGGUGGCAUACGGCAACGGCUUUAUAACUCGGGAAUUCCUGAAAACCCUCAGGAAACCUUUCUGCGACAUCCUGGAGCCCAAGUUUGACUUUGCCAUGAAGUUCAACGCACUGGAACUGGAUGACAGUGAUAUCUCCCUGUUUGUGGCUGCUAUAAUCUGCUGUGGAGAUCGUCCUGGCCUUCUCAACAUUGGCUACAUUGAGAAGCUGCAGGAGGGAAUUGUGCACGUGCUCAAGCUUCAUUUGCAGAGCAACCAUCCGGAUGAUACCUUUCUCUUCCCAAAACUGCUUCAAAAAAUGGUGGACCUCCGGCAGCUGGUCACAGAGCAUGCGCAGCUAGUGCAGGUCAUCAAAAAGACUGAGUCUGAGGCCCCGCUGCACCCGCUGCUCCAGGAGAUCUACAAGGACAUGUACUGAGUUCUUCUAGAAGCACG